AUGUCCUCCCCGGUCAUCCACCCUUCAUUCCAGGAUAACGUCGACUUCGAAAAUGCUGAAAGAGGUCUCGUCGCGUCUCUCCACACCUGUCUCGUGAACAACGAAGCUGGACAGAUUGUGUGGAACAACGAGGACUACAACUUCCUGCAAGGAAAUUGCCCAUCGACCGUGAAUCCGAAGCUAUGGCGACAAGGACAGCUGACCCGAAAGCAGGGCCUGUUCGAGGUUACCAAAGGCGUAUAUCAAGUGCGCGGCCUCGACAUCUCAAACAUGACUCUUGUUGAAGGCAAGACCGGCGUUAUUGUGCUAGACGUUCUUGCAUCAACUGAAUGCGCGGCUGCUGCACUAGGAUUCUAUCGCGCCCACCGCGGCCACCGAUCAGUGCAGGCUGUAAUCUACUCACACUCGCAUUAUGAUCACUUCGGCGGCGCGCAAGGUGUUCUUUCAACAGCUGCUGGAGAUCAGCGCGAAAUCCCCAUCAUCGCUCCAGCUGGCUUCAUGGAAGCAGUACUCAAAGAGAAUAUUGUUGCCGGCCCCGCGAUGCGAAGACGCGCAGUAUUCAUGUUUGGUGGAUCUCUACCUAUUGGACCACACGCCCAUGUCGGUUGUGGCUUAGGUAUGGCUGCUUCUGGCGGUACCACAAUCAUCGUACCACCAAACGAUAUUAUUAACGAGACCGGCGACGAACGGAUGAUCGAUGGCGUAAGAAUUGCGUUCCAGAUGGUGCCUAAGACAGAAGCACCAUGCGAGAUCAACGUCUUCUUUCCUCAUCAGCGUGCUCUCUAUAUCGCCGAGUGUGCAACUCAUACGAUGCACAAUGUCAUCACUUUACGCGGUGCACAAGUUCGGGACGCAAAGAAGUGGUCUAAGCACUUGGACGAGACACUCGAUAUGUACGGUUUUGAUUCCGAUGUGGUCUUUUCGGGUCAUCACUGGCCAACGUGGGGCCACGACAAUAUCAUCAAGUUCAUUUCAGACCAACGAGACCUCUACGGCUAUAUGCAUGAUCAGACGGUUAGGCUUAUGAACAAAGGGAUGACUGGGAUUGAGAUAGCGGAACAGCUCCAGCUCCCGCCAGCUUUGAAACAAGAAUGGUAUGCCGGUGAAUUCUACGGCUGCUUGUCGCAGAAUGUGAAGGGCAUCUACCAGCGUUACAUGACAUGGUUUGAUGGUAACCCAGCCAAUAUAUGGAAGCAUCCACCAAAGGAGGAGGGAAAGCGCUAUGUUGAAUGCAUGGGUGGCGUCGAGGUUGUCAUUAAAAAGGCAAAAGAGUUCACCGACAGAGGCGAUCUUCGGUUCGCUGCAACACUGCUUGACCAUGUUGUGGCGGCGGAACCAAGCAACAAACGAGGACAACAGCAACUAGCAUCGGUAUACCAGCGGCUCGGCUUCAGUGCUGAAAAUGCGGUUUGGCGCAAUUUCUAUCUUACUGCCGCACAGGAGCUUGGCAGCGAAAGCAAGGGAGCACCGCAAAGUGUUAUCGCCAUCAAUCCGCAAUCAACUGUAGAAGAUUGGCUCGACGCUCUUUCGCUGCAGAUAGAUGGACCGAAAGCUUGCGAAAUAUCUGUCCAGACGAUCGUGAUCAAUAUCCCGGACGAACAGACAACGUGGACAUUGAUAUUACGGAAUGGCACACUAACUUACCGGAGUAAGGCUUUCAGGGCUGCGCAGAGUAGCGGCUCUGCAGAUUUGAUGGUCACAGUCAGCAAGAGCGAGAUGUACGACAUGGUCGCCAAAGGCAACAUAGAUGCAGCAAAGAAGACCGGGGAAGGCAAGAUGGAGAAGCUGACUACUUUACUAGAAUUAGGUAAUAUUAUAUAG